GCCCCGGGGCUCCGCUCCAAAUCAAGGCAAGUGCUCCUACUCCAGUAGGCAACCAGGGCCGGCCGCCGCUUUUAACUUCCCCGGGAAAUUGAGCCUCCAGAGCGUGUCAAAGAAGAAGAAGGAGAUGGGCAGGCAGCCGUGCUGCGAGAAGGUGGGCCUGAAGAAGGGCCCGUGGACGGCGGAGGAGGACCAGAAGCUGGUCUCCUUCCUCCUCUCCCACGGCCAUUGCUGCUGGAGGCUCGUCCCCAAGCUCGCUGGGCUGCUGAGGUGCGGGAAGAGCUGCCGGCUGAGGUGGACCAACUACCUGCGGCCCGACCUCAAGCGGGGCCUCCUCUCCGACGACGAGGAGAAGCUCGUCAUCGACCUCCAUUCGCAGCUCGGCAACAGAUGGUCCAAGAUCGCGGCGAGGCUACCGGGGAGAACGGACAACGAGAUCAAGAACCACUGGAACACCCACAUCCGGAAGAAGCUCAAGAAGAUGGGCAUCGACCCCGUCACUCACCAGCAACUCUCCCUUCUUAAGAACCAGCAGCAAGAUCAUCGUCACCCCGAGGACCCGCCCAAGCCGUCGUCUCAGGAACCUUCGUCCGGCGCCGCCGACGAAGAAGAAGAGGAGGAGGAAGAGGCGCCGAUGAGCGCCGAGCAGAAGCAGGGCACUGCCUGCUCUGCUUCUUCAUCCGCCGUGUUGUCGCCGUCGUCCUGCUCGUCCUCGGCCUCUGCUGCGACGCCAGGCGGCGCGGACGUGGACUGGCCCGACCCCGGCGACCUCUUCCAGGUCGACACCAUCAUGGACAUGGACUGGGCCAGCAUCUUGUCCGGCACCGGCAGCGGCGGCGGCGACAUUGGCGGGGUCGAUCUGUUGUUCGACCAUUGCGCCGACGUCGGCUUCGACCAGCAAGUGUGGAUGUGAUCCUGGUGGUAGUGUUUCGAGCGUUAGAAUUAGAUUGGUCGUGAACUAGUGAUCACCUCCAGUUCAUUCCUUCUUCUGUUGUUCUAUCACUCUCUGCAUGCUCUGUUUUCUUUCGUUUUCCUAUCUUGGGAGGAAGUUCGUCCGUGUCCAAUUGCCCAUGCAUGCAUGCAUGCAUGCUUGUUGACAAGGAAUGAGAGAAUAUGACGAGUGCGUUUUGUGGAAAUUUGUCAAAGGACGGAAAGUGCCAAGCAGUCCACUGAA